CUAUGAACAGUACAUCACUACAUCCUGCACUCGUAUUGUCCUGGGCUUCAGUUGACACCACCAAUCCAGUGGUUUAAGAAUAAAGAGCAUCUGUUCGUGUCGUUUGUGGGGACCGCUACAUAAAUCCCUCUGUUUCAGGAACUUACCAAAACAAAGAAUCCCUCUUCAUAGUUCCUAUGUAAGAGAGAAAGUUGACCAAAACACUCAGAAACCACUCACCCAACCCAGGCCAACCGCAACUUUUCAAAGUACCAAUGAAACCUCCCUCACCUCACCUGUCACGAGUCACCAGUCCAACUCGAACAUCUCAAAAUAUCUACGGAGAAGUACUCUUUCAGCCUCCCUCUUCCUCUCCGUCUGACCGACCCUUCAGAUCUCCUCUUCUUCAACCUCAUUUCUCUCCUCCGAUAGUCCGAUGGACAAAAACACGUCUCUUCUGCUCUUCGCAGUGGCUAUGCUAUUAUGCGCCGGGUUCCCCUUUUCCAUGGCCGCGAAGCGCUGCCCAGACUGUGGCGCCACCCCCGUGCCGUACCCACUCAGCACCGGAACCGACUGCGGCGAUCAAUCGUACAAGAUCCGGUGUGCAUCUAGCACGCUUCGAUUCGACGCCCUCAACGGAUCUUCCUACACCAUCACAUCCAUCUCCCCGGGGAACCAACGGUUAGUGAUCAGCCCGGCCAGCUUCGCUGGUAAUACUUGCGUGACUACCGAUAUCGCAAGCGAAGGCCUUCAGCUCAACAGCAGCCUUCCUUUCAACGUCACCAGCAGCAACACCAUUAUGUACCUCAACUGCUCCGACACUUUGUUGCGGUCGCCGUUGAAUUGUUCUUCCGCGAGCCUCUGCCACACCUACAUGAACAAUACUGCAGAGGCGGCGCCCUGUGAGAACGCUCCGAUCUGCUGCACUUUCAAGACCGGUGGGUCCACCAACUCUUACAUGAUCAAGGUUCGGGAUGGAGGUUGCAGGGCCUACCGGAGCUUUGUCAAUUUAGAUGCUUCCUUGCCCGUGAGUAGUUGGCCCCAGCCGGGGUUGGAAAUGCAGUGGGCGUUACCCAAGGAACCCAUUUGCCAGUCGCAGGCAGAUUGUGACGAGGGCUCGAAUUCCACGUGUUCGUCGGACCUAGCCGAUCCCCGGUUCAGCCGGUGCUUCUGCACGGCCGGGCUCCAGUGGGACCCCAUCAACGGAUUCUGUGCUAACAAUGUGACGUGUCAAGAUUCCGGAGGUUGUGAUGGUAUUGAUCGGACCCCACUGAUAGCAGGUUUGACGUCGGCCCUGGGUGCGGCGCUUCUCGUGGCUGUCGUUGGCGCUCUCGUGUACAAGCGACACCGGCGCAUCAAAGAGGCUCAAGAACGCUUGGCCAAGGAGCGAGAGGAGAUACUAAACGCCAACAGUGGUGGCAAAUCUGCCAAGAACUUCACCGGCAAAGAAAUGAAGAAGGCAACUAAUAACUUCUCUAAGGACCGGUUGCUUGGCGCCGGUGGCUACGGAGAGGUCUACAAGGGCGUCCUCGAGGAUGGCACCAUCAUUGCCGUCAAGUGCGCCAAGCUCGGGAACACCAAGGGUACAGAUCAGGUCCUCAACGAGGUCAGAAUCCUCUGUCAGGUGAACCAUCGUAGCCUGGUUCGACUGCUUGGAUGCUGUGUUGAGCUAGAACAGCCCCUCAUGGUCUACGAAUACAUCCCCAACGGGACCCUUUACGAGCAUCUACAUGGUCUUCAUCCCGGCGGGUGGUCAAAUCUCACCUGGCGCCGGCGGCUCAGCAUUGCUCACCAGACAGCUGAGGGUCUUGCCUACCUCCAUUCUUCCGCCGUGCCGCCCAUCUACCACCGAGACGUUAAGUCCAGCAACAUCUUACUAGAUGAAAAGCUUAACGCCAAGGUCUCGGAUUUUGGACUCUCCAGGCUUGCAGAGACUGACCUCAGCCACAUCUCCACCUGUGCCCAAGGGACUCUUGGCUAUCUUGACCCCGAAUACUACCGGAACUACCAGUUAACGGACAAGAGCGAUGUUUACAGCUUUGGGGUUGUUUUGUUGGAGUUAUUGACAGCACAGAAGGCCAUUGACUUCGAUAGAGGGAGCGAUAAUGUGAACUUGGCAAUUUAUGUGAAGCAGAUGGUGGAUGAAGAGAAGCUGAUGGAUACCAUCGAUCCAAUGCUAAAGGAAGGAGCCAGCGACCUCGAAUUGGACACCAUAAAGGCAUUGGGGUUUCUAGCAGUAGGGUGCUUGGAGGAACGACGACAGAAUCGGCCUUCAAUGAAAGAAGUUACAGAGGAGAUAGAAUAUAUUAUGAGUAUUGUGGCAGCAGAGGUUUCAGAGGCCAAGAAGGAUUAGUAGAAGGGACUGUCAUACUUGCCCAGUUCAGAGUACUGGGCUAGGCAAACCCAUGUGGCAUAUUUUCUGUAUUUUACUUUGGCGGAUUAGAUAGAGACUCAGAAGAUGAUGAUAGCAGGAAUAUAAGUGGAGGAUUUUCACAUUUUAAUUAGGUUGUUAUAGAGACUAGAGAGCAGAGACUGUGACUGUUGUAUAUUUGGUGGUUAUAGACACCAGAGAGCAGAGUCCCCUAUCUUAUGUUGUUUGUUAUAGACACCAGAGAGCAGAGACUCUGACUGUUGUAUAUUUGGUGGUUCCAUAUUCCACUAGAGUCUAGAGACUGAAGAUUGUUGCCUUCAUCUGUGUUGAUGUAAUGAGAAAAGGAGAUGCAAAUUUGGCUUAAGGCCUUGAGAAGAUGA